AUGCCGAGUGCGCCUCCCUCUCUUGAGGACCUUGUAAUCCUUGUGCGGAGUUUGGACGAGAACGUCGCAGAACGUACUUUGCUGCCUGAAAGCAGUGCGCCAGCAAUCAGUGUGCCGGUGGUCGUCGAGGGCCCAAAAGUCGCGGGGGCGGAGAAGGAGAGCGAUGCUGACGAGGAUGAUGACGCGAAGCGGCUGCCUGUCUCGCCGGAAUUGGCGGAGAGCCUGCUGGCUGUGAUGCAGACGGUGAAAGAAGAAGGAGGAGCGGAUCCGGAAGAUGCGGAAGAAGCAGAGGAGCUUGCGGGUCGGCUCAGCCACGUGUGCGAGGUGAGUGCUUAUCCGAAAGAAUGCCCUUUUAAGUAUUGA